GGUUCCCUAAAAGCUUUAACUGCUAAUACCUGGGGGUGGGCGGAGGGUGUGGAGGUGCCUGAAUUAGGACAGGUGUAUCUGGCAGAGAUCUCAGGUGUGUCUCUAUUAGGGAGAUGAACUCCCGCCAAGAUAUGUUAGCGGCUGUUUAAGGAUCAUUAUGAUAUCCAGGUGAUACUGAAUUCUAAGGAACUACUGCUAGCCACUGGGUAGGUGGGAACUGGGGGAGAGGAGAGGGUGAUAUUUCUAAAUGGUAGGUGUAAAAGAGUGAAAAGAAUUUCUUUCCAAUAACGAGCUCAUUCCCAGUUGGCGAAUAUGUAUUUUUAAAGCCAUGCUAAAUUAAAGAAUCCAACUGUUUCCCUAGUAGUUUGUUGCACAUGGGUUCAGGGAGACUGUGGGAUAUCCAGAAGCGUUCUAUACAUAAUUGGAUUUAAUUGCUCAAAGAGUUACUGGAGCCUUCUUUAAUCAGAAUGGAAAUAAGGAGAAGCUGAGAUCACACAGAUACGUGGUACUUAAGUGACUAAAACCAAGGGUGUGUCUCCAUGUAGCUGUUAGUUGGCAGAAGGGAAGCCGGGCUAGAGUCAGGGAACUUGCCAGGUUACUUUUUCUCCUCUUUAUUUCUGCAGCUCUGUAGUGUUUCCUGCUGAGAGGUCUCCUUGCCUAGGUUGUAAAGCUCUUUGGCUGAGAUGGGUGACAACGAUGAGGACAAAGAACUGAAGCAGAAAUUAAACUUUUCCUCUUGUGAGGAAGAGCAUGAGAACGAAGGGCAAAAGGAAACACAAGAGAGCAAGGAGCCCCAGAGCCAAACCCCAGAGAAGCCUGGAGCUCAGGAUUCAGGAUCUGUUCAGGCGGCAGAGCUUACACCUGUCAGGACUCCCCUUAGUGACGUACGUGACCUCAACACAUUUCAGGAAAAAGGCCAAGCGAGUCCAGGUCAGGGUCUGAGAACUCCAGUGUCACACUCUCUCACACGUCCUGAAACCCCAGCCCCGCCAGACAAGGGCAAGCCGCCACGCUGCGAGAGCCCCUUCACUCCCAAAGGCCAGGUGAGCCAGUCGGGGAUCUCUUCAACAGGGAAGCUCCCCUCCCGAAGCUCUAAGCAUCUGAAGCUCACACCUGGUCCCUUCACCGAUGCGAUGACCUCACUGGCUCUGGUCAAUAUUAAUCCCUUCACUCCGGAGUCCUAUAGGAAACAAUUCCUUAAAUCCAAUGGCAAGCGGAAAACCCGAGGCGACCUUGAGGAAGCUGGUCCAGGAGAAGGCAAGGUAGAACAAGGGCUGCCUGCCAAGAGAUGUGUUCUACGAGAAACCAACAUGGCUUCCCGCUAUGAAAAAGAAUUCUUGGAGGUGGAAAAAAUCGGGGUUGGGGAAUUUGGUACUGUCUACAAGUGCAUUAAGAGGCUGGAUGGAUGUGUUUAUGCAAUAAAACGCUCCACGAAACCUUUGGUAGGAUCAUCAGAUGAGAAUUUGGCUAUGCAUGAAGUUUAUGCUCACGCGGUGCUUGGGCAUCACCCCCAUGUGGUACGUUACUAUUCUGCAUGGGCCGAAGAUGACCACAUGGUCAUUCAGAAUGAAUACUGCAAUGGUGGGAGCUUGCAAGCUGCUAUAUCUGAAAAUGCAAAGUCUGGCAAUCAUUUCCAAGAGUGCAAACUCAAAGACAUCCUUCUACAGAUUUCCCUUGGGCUUAAGUACAUCCACAACUCUGGCAUGGCACACCUGGACAUCAAACCUAGUAACAUCUUCAUAUGUCAUAAGAUGCAAAGUGACUCUCCAGUAGUCCCAGAAGAGAUUGAAAAUGAAGCUGAUUGGUUUCUCUCUGCCAAUGUGAUGUAUAAAAUUGGUGACUUGGGUCAUGUGACAUCAAUAAGCAAGCCCAAAGUGGAAGAGGGAGAUAGUCGCUUCCUGGCUAAUGAGAUUUUGCAAGAGAAUUAUCAGCACCUUCCUAAAGCAGACAUAUUUGCCUUGGGAUUGACCAUUGCAGUGGCUGCGGGAGCAGAGUCAUUACCUACCAAUGGGGCUGCGUGGCAUCACAUCCGUGAGGGGAAUCUUCCAGACAUUCCUCAGGAGCUCUCCAAAGAAUUUCACCAACUACUCAAGAACAUGAUCCACCCCGAUCCAGCAGAGAGACCUUCUGCAGCAGCUCUGGCCAAAAGUCGAGUUCUCUGUCCCUCCCUGGGGAAAACAGAAGAGCUUCAGCAACAGUUGAACUUGGAAAAGUUCAAGACAGCCACACUGGAAAGGGAACUGAAAGAAGCCCAGCAGGCCCAGUCCCCCAAGGAAUGCCACAGUGUCCCUGGGGUCUCUGGGACCCCCACGGGAUCAAGAAGCACCAAACGCCUGGUGGGAGGAAAGAGUGCCAAGUCUUCAAGCUUCACCUGGGGGCAGUCUUCCCCAUAAGAACUCCUUUCACACCAACUCACCUUUUAUCCCCCAAAUAGAUACCGACUGUGUCAACCUUCCUCUUGUAAAGGGAGAAACUAACGGACUUGGGUGCCCAAAGAUUUCAAAAGCCACUCCUAAUUUAGCAUUUUCAGCCAAGAUCCUACAGCUAUCAAGACUUCCUAGCAGCAAUGGUCGUAGGUAUUAUCAUUGGUAGCCAUUUCUCUUCUCUCUUGCUACAUUCCUAACACCACCUGUCAACAGUUCGUUCACUUCUCAGAUUUGUUGGUGCGCAACGGGAAAGCAUGGACCUCUGAACUGAAAGCAGCCCUUUGUGCAGCCUGUGGGCUAUGAGGCUGCCUACCUACCUAUCAAGGAUCCCAGGGACUCUCCGGGCAAACAGAAAGGAAUUCAAUUUGGUUUUGAGUUGAGGUAACAGCUUACAAGAAAAUGUGCCUGGAUUUCAACACUUCCCAGGUUAGAUGAAUUUAUUCCUCAAGGAAUUUUCAGCCACUUUGAGCAAGUAGUUUUCCUACUGCAUUCUCUGAAUGGAGCCAACCCCUUUCUCUGAUGUUGUAUUUAUUAAGUUAAUGACUUCACCACCAUAUGAAGUGGGUAGAAAUAAGACUCUACAUAACUUCACAUUUCUGAGCUGGCUAUGAACUUGUGGAACAAAGCCACUGGGUAGAGGGUUCAAGGGAAAUUUGAUGUGGUUUGUUGUCCCUCAAUCUAUUUGCUUUGAGCCUCUUGUAACUGUUAUAACUGGUUUUGAUUCUCUGGUUGUCACCAAUUUCUCCUUGAUUUUAACAGACGUUGGCUUUGCUUCCUGUGAUUUAACUUAUUUUAUCCAAAUCCUUUACUCUGUAUAUAUAUUUUUAAAGGACUAGAAUGUUUGUAAAUAAAGGUUUUUAUCUUGUCCAAAGCCAAAUAUGAGUAAAGCACUCGUCUUUAUAAAUAUGCAACUAACAAAGAAUACGAAAUUUAUGUUGGAAACCAUUAGUAGAUAGGAGAGAGAAUCCAAUAGGCUGGUACUAACAGGUCUUGGCUUUAAGGCCCAGCUUCACGGCCCUAAAAGCUAAUAAUGGCCAAGCUAUGAUACAAAAUAAUGUUGGUCGUAAAGGCAUUUGAGAACUCCUAGUUGUGUCAUAUUGAUGACGUUAGCCUCUCCAUGGCUCGUAGGCUUUUUGGCUGCCUUGUUUUCUCCUUUUCCCUUAAUUUUUAAAAGCAAAUUAAGAAGUUUUU